AGGCUUUUCCAUCCCCGCCCGACUUUGAUUUGCACGAUGUUUCACUGUAGGUUGUAUUUGCGGCACAGAAGUGAGCACCUUCCUGGAGGUCGUGUGUUAUCAUAGUACAACCUUGAUGCCACUUUUCUACUAAAGGAGCAGCCUUCAUCACUAUACUUGCACGAGCCUAAAUUAUGCCCCCUAAAACAAGUAUAUCUAGUUUACUCUACUCACAUCAGCUGCAGAUGAACAAAUACAAGAUGAGCCGUUCCAGCAGCCUCUGGUGGGGGAACAUCAAGCUUUUUCCACCAAUGUGCAUUUAUUUCCUCGCCUUGUUGGUCUCUGACGCUUAUUUCUCCCCCGUGUCAAGAACUACAGGGUGGUCCUCGGAAGGAAAUUGUGCAGGGCCUUCAUGCAAGAUGAAAGGGACACAUUCUGUUUCUGCCACCACGUUCCUCUUCGCGCGAGCCGCGGUUUUGCGUGGAACAACUACCACCGGAGCAGUACUCCUAGAGGGGAGCACCAGGAAUAAUAGAGACGCGGACCGAGGAACGUUGACGGAUACAACAGCUUCCAGUUCUACUGCGCAAAUAAGGGCUUUUCCACACCUUGUCGUGGACGAGGACCCAACACGGAAUAAACGAACAGCGAGCUCCACAAGGCUCGUCGGGGCAACAAGGCUCGACCGGAGGUCCAGUAGUUCGCGGGCAGGAGGUGCUAGCGAAUCUACUUCAUCGUUCCCUGUUCUGUUGAUCAAUAAGUCCAAGGAGGAUAAUAAGCAAAGCCCGUUGAUGGUUGAUGAUGAAGAUGUUGACCACAUGAUCGUGACCGGCAAACAAAAGGAGAAACAAGCCUGGUCGUCGUCCGCUUUCCUGACUAAAAAAGCCAAAAGCCGCACAGCAGUUGGAGCAAAUGCUAACGAAAAUCAUCUGCGUGUUCUUGGUCGCACUGGUGGAGAUCAUGCCGACCACGACGUCGACGACGCCGAAGUACAACUAGAACGACCAUCCUAUUCCCUUGCCCUGUCGGCGGUGGCCGAAUUCGGCCACUUUACGGAUACAGACGACUGCUUUUAUCCAUGCGGGGAAAAGAUGUCUCCUUCAGCAUCUUUUCAAAAUUUGACAACCUCUUUGGCAACCUCUUUGAUGAGGUCUCCCAAGAGGCUAUUAACUUAAGCUAUUCCGCAUGGUAUGGUGGAUUUUGAUGAACCUAUUUGGGAACCUCUUUGGU